CAACCCUAUUGAAACCAAGAUGGCUGAGAUUAUUUUAUGUAGAACGGAGAGUGACACGAUACACAAAUGAAACAUAAAUAAUUUAAACAAGAAAACUAAGAAAUAGACCGUAUCUACAGCAGUAAUAGCUUUUGGUGAAAGACUUCGGAGGGACGUGCGUACCCGGACAUAAACACAGACACGAACAACUGAGAGAGAAAGUCUCGUAUGAAUUCCGACGAGAAGCAGGACUGUGAGUGUGCGCCACCACAGGCCGAAGCUACCCCUGCAAGAGAACACGACAGGUCGGUAAGGUUGCUGGGGUCACUAGAGGAAUCUGACAGAGAAAACUCUGAAGCAAGCCGAAUGAAGCGAGCGGCUGCAAAGCAUCUGAUAGAGCGCUACUACCACCAAUUAACGGAGGGCUGCGGAAAUGAGGCCUGCACCAACGAGUUCUGUGCUUCCUGUCCCGGCUUCUGUCGCAUGGACAACAACGCGGCCGCCGUGAAGGCCCUGGAGCUGUACAAAAUUAACGCGAAACUGUGCGACCCUCACCCUUCCAAAAAAGGAACCACGUCCGCCUACCUGGAGAACAGUGCCAAGGGACCUCGCCACAAGUCAGCCUGCAGCGACAGGAAGAUGAACCACAGAGAUCUGCACCCAAUUAAGGAUGACUUGAAAGAUUUGAAUUAUCUGACGGAGGAGAAGGUGUACGAGAUCCUGGACAUCUGCAGAGAAAAGGAUGACUACUCCCCGCUGAUCCGUGUGAUUGGCAGGAUCUUCUCCAGUGCGGAGGGCCUGGUGCAGAGCUUCCGCAAGGCCAAACAUCAUACAAAGGAGGAGCUCAAGUCCCUCCAGGCCAAAGAUGAGGACAAGGAUGAGGAUGAGAAGGAGAAGGCCGCCUGUUCCGCCUCAGCCAUGGCUGGGACACUAGAAGGUGCCUCUGAAGGUGACAGCAGUGCACAAAAGCUUGGGCCCGAUGAGGUUUCGGUGGACAUCGGCGCUGUGAGGCGGGUCUACAACAGAUUGCUGGCCAAUGAGAAGAUUGAAGCAGCCUUUCUCAAUGCGCUGGUUUACCUGUCACCCAACGUAGAAUGCGACCUGACCUACCACAACGUGUACUCGCGGGACCCCAACUACCUGAACCUUUUCAUCAUUGUGAUGGAGAACAGCAACCUUCACAGUCCCGAGUAUCUGGAGAUUGCACUGCCACUCUUCUGCAAGGCGAUGAGCAAGCUGCCCCUGCCAGCUCAGGCCAAGCUGGCACGGCUCUGGUCACGGUACGGCGCCGAGCAGAUCCGGCGCAUGGUAGAGACCUUCCAGCAGCUCAUCACCUACAAGGUGAUCAGCAACGAGUUCAACAGCCGCAACCUGGUCAAUGACGAUGACGCUGUUGCCGCUGCUACCAAGUGCUUGAAAAUCGUCUACUAUGCAAAUGUCUUGGGCGGGGACCUUGACAUGGGACACAACGAGGAAGAGGACGACGAGCCUGUACCGGAGUCAAGUGACCUCCAGGAGCUGCUGGGAGAGGAGCGACGGAACAAGAAGGGCCCUCGGGUGGACCCGCUGGAGACGGAGCUGGGCGUUAAGACCACCGACUGCCGGCGGCCCCUAAUCCCCUUCGAGGAGUUUGUCAACGAGCCACUCAAUGACGUGUUAGAGAUGGACAAGGAUUACACCUUUUUCAAGGUGGAGACUGAGAACAAGUUCUCCUUCAUGACCUGUCCCUUCAUCCUGAACGCUGUCACCAAGAACCUGGGCCUGUACUAUGACAACAGGAUCCGAAUGUACAGCGAGAGGCGCAUCACGGUCCUCUACAGUCUGGUUCAGGGCCAGCAGCUCAACCCUUACCUGCGGCUCAAGGUGCGCAGGGACCACAUCAUUGAUGACGCCCUUGUCAGGCUUGAGAUGAUUGCCAUGGAGAAUCCUGCAGACUUGAAGAAACAGCUCUACGUGGAGUUCGAGGGAGAGCAAGGCGUAGACGAAGGAGGAGUUUCCAAAGAGUUCUUUCAGCUUGUAGUCGAAGAGAUAUUCAACCCAGAUAUUGGAAUGUUUGCAUACGACGAAAGUACAAAACUGUUCUGGUUUAACCCAUCCUCAUUUGAGACGGAGGGCCAGUUCACACUAAUUGGCAUUGUCCUGGGCUUGGCCAUUUACAACAACUGCAUCUUGGAUGUACAUUUCCCCAUGGGAGUCUACCGCAAGCUGAUGGGCAAGAAAGGAACCUUCCGGGACCUGGCAGAUUCUCAUCCGGUCCAGCACCAGAGCCUGAAAGAGCUCCUGGAGUAUGAGGGCAGCGUGGAGGAGGACAUGAUGAUCACCUUUCAGAUAUCACAGACCGACAUCUUCGGGAACCCCCUCAUGUACGACCUGAAGGAGAACGGAGACAAGUUCCCUGUCACCAACGAGAACAGGAAGGAUUUUGUGUCUCAGUAUGCGGAUUACAUACUGAACAAAAGCAUAGAAAAGCAGUUUAAAGCAUUCAGAAGAGGUUUUCACAUGGUCACAAAUGAGUCGCCUUUAAAGUAUUUAUUCCGGCCUGAGGAAAUUGAGCUGCUCAUCUGCGGAAGCAGAAACCUCGAUUUUCAAGCGCUUGAAGAAACAACAGAAUAUGACGGGGGCUACAACCGAGAGUCUCGCAUCAUUAAGGAUUUCUGGGAAACGGUGCACUCCUUCCCAGAGGAACAAAAGAGGCUGUUCCUUCAGUUCACCACUGGCACGGACCGGGCCCCCGUGGGAGGCCUGGGAAAGCUGAAGAUGAUCAUUGCCAAGAAUGGCCCCGACACGGACAGGCUCCCCACUUCUCACACCUGCUUCAACGUCCUUCUGCUUCCCGAGUACUGUAGCAAGGAGAAGCUGAGGGAGAGACUGCUGAAGGCCAUAACGUACGCGAAGGGCUUUGGCAUGCUGUGACUCCCCUCCCCCCCGGAGAGGAGAAGAGAGGAGCGGGAAGGCGGGACGAGGCAGAGAACUAAUAACCCCCCCUGUCCCAAAAAAAAGAAACGUAAUCGCAAAAUAAGGAAAGGGAGGGAGACGGGGGCGAGAAGCCGAAACGGGGCUGUACGUCGGAGAGCCAUGGUUGGGCUGUCUGUGUCCUGGCUCGCACCCUGAGGCCACAGGGAUGGGAACAGGAGAGAAACCACAUGUGAUCUUUAUUUUUUAUUUCCCACCCACUGUCCCCCUAGAUGUAUGAAUGUGUGGCAUACCCCCAAUCCCCCCCACCCUUCUCAUAUGUACAGAAUUCUUUCGUUGCUAUUUAUUGUAAGGGUAAAAUCUGUUAUUUUUUCGUUGGCUUGACUGGAGUUUAACUUCUUUGUGAGUGUCUGUGUGUGUGUGUGGGAGGGGAGGGGCAUAUAAAAAGUGGGAAAAGAACAUUUGGUAAAAAAAAAAAAAAAAAAAUUUUUUUUAAAACAGAAUAGAAAAAAAAAAAAACAACUUAAGUCUCCCGCUCUGUUACUUUCUGGUCUGUUAAGCCUACCCUGAAGCCCCAUUGGUUAUUUGGGACCGGGUGUCUCCUGGUCCCGGGCCUUGCUGUAACCACUGCUGUUCUUAUGUAACGGGGCUCCCACAGGUGUGCUGUCCAGGGAGUAGCAACAGAAGGAGUACUGCAGAAUGUUCUGGAACCUCAGCCUUGAAAAUGUAGACUUUCUGAGCAAAGCACAAAAGAGAUGCCCCCCCUCUUCCCAAACCCAUGUAACUGUCAGACCCAACCCCCAACUGUCAGUCUAGUACCUUUACUCGGAAUGGCCACAUGCUAGAAGGAACCAAUUAUAAAAUGUGAAUUUAUAUUCCUGCCCAUAAAAUGCAUCCAGCAACCCUUAAAAUGGUUUGCCACUAGAUCAUUUCCUGUGUGAAAGUGCACUUAAAAAUUUUCAGAAUGUCGGCACGUUUUAUCAACUUCUCCUUUUUUUCUUUUUUUUUUAAGCAUCAAUCAGAUGUCUUCCCAGAUAGCUGUUUUACGACAAUGUUUGGUUAAAUGUUUGGGAUGAUUACUGAAGAAACAUGUUCACUCUUGAGUCCAGGGAGCUGUUUUUACUGUGUGUAAUUCAUAAUUUGUAAUGCCAUUUUGGACAACGUGUGCUGCUAAAUUUUUUGGCUGCAUCUAGAACCAAGGCAUUAUGUGCUCCAAAAAAAGAAAACUGGUCUUAAAAAGCUUUGGUCCAUUCUUAUUUCACAUUAAAACAUUAGUCUCUUCCUUAUCUCGACACCACAAAAAAUAUUUUUCUUCAUUCAGGCUUUCAGCUGGAUUUUGUUUUCUUGUACUUCUUGUACUGUAGGAUCCUUGAGACAUUGGUCAUUCAAAGUCAAAUUGUGAACAUGUUAUUACAGUACCGAAGUGAACUGUUGUUUUUAAUACUUCAGUAGCGAGUAAUUCCCAGCACAGUAUCCCUGACCUAGAUAACGUACAGUACAAUGUGUCUGAGGAAGGUGCGGGGGGCUGAUGGGUUCACACAAUACCUCUAUACCAAUGUUCUUCUGACCAUGCAUAUUCAGAAACCUUCCCCCGGCCAUUCAGCAGGAAAACCUUUUUUUUUUUGGUAUUGUCUGGUUUCCAUCAUUUUAUUUCAAUUUCCUGUGGUUUGUACUACUGCCGAUGACGCACAGCCAGGAAGAGGCAUCUCGGCUGCGGAGCUUGGAAAAAAAGCAAAAAUGUGACGUUUAAAUAAAGAUCAGAAGGGAAAGCAGUUGGUUAUUUGUAGGUUUAUUUGGACAAAGAUGUUCUCUGAAAAAAAUGUCAUUGAACGAUGACAAAGUUAACGUGGUGUUUAAACAUAAUGCUAAAUAAAAGUGACUGCUUUUUUCAUCACGUC